AUGGCCAAUGAUGUACCGACAGCGAACAAAUCGACCGGCAUCCAAACAAGGAUGUCUCGAAAAUGCAGUGACCAAAUUACUCUUUCACCCAAUAUAUGCAUGGCGUGUAAGAUAACGACGUCAUACCCGUACUUCAAGGUCAUAAUUUGUACCUACUGGAGCGGAUUUAACUCGGUGAACGCGCUUACGACUGAUAUUUGUGCCAACAACAAUUCAUUUUUGAGAUGA